AUGGGCAAGAAAAAAGGAGGAAACAAGAACAAGUUGGCGAAAAUGUCUGAGGAGGAGCGGGCACGCUACUUACAGCAUCGGGCAGACAUGGAGGAAGAGGCACGCCGCCGCAAGCAGCAGCUCAUUGCCACCUUUAUGAAGAACAAACUGAAAAAGGAGGAUGCCUUCGCGCGGCUCAAUCUGGCGAAAAUCAACCAAGAGUGGCGCACGAUACUGCGCAACAUCAAGUGCAAGGAGCUGAAGGAUGAGGUGGAGGCGGUCGAGAAGAUGUGUACCGAGUGCAUCGAGAACAAGAACGCGGUCAUCAAGCGGUUACUGUGCGAUCUGGACGAAUCGGAGGACCUCUACUCGACGAUGCUGCACGCGCACAUGGAGCGCGUAGAGAAAAUCAUAAGGAUCCACAACGAUCGGGUCAACUUUCUGGCGCAGCUGUACGAGCUCGACAAGCGAGAGAUUAUCGAAAACUAUGAGCGUGAGAUGGAUUUGUACAAGGGCAAGAAAUUUGGCCUCCAGAAGGACCUGGAGUGUGUUUUCUACGGACUGGCCGAGAAGGCGCGCACCGAUCGGCUGCGCAACGACGAGGAGCAUAUGCUGAAGAAGGACGAGUUGAAGAACUCGAUGAUACUGAAGCUGGAAAUGAUCACCAAAGAGCGCGAGCGCGAAAUGGAGCGCCUGUGGAAGGAGUUUCAGCGCGUGCUGAACCUGUACCUCCGGAACACGGAGGAGUACCGGAACGAGUACAACACGCUGCGCGAUCAGGACUCGACCGAUACGAAAAACAUUCAGGACCACUACGCCGAGGUGGCCCGGCUAAGCGAUCAGAUCGCCGACCUGCGCGUCAAGCUGGCCACCCUCAAGGAGGAGCACGAGUUCAACAUGAAGCAGAUGGCGCGCAGCAAGGCCGAGCUUCAGCUGCGGGUGCAGAACCUCAAGCAGGAGAUGGAACUGGGCUGCCGGCUCGAUCAGGAGCAGCUAAAGACGCUGGCCGUGGCGAGCAAUGCGGCCAUCAAACACCUACAGGCGAUGCUGAAGAAGGUAAAGUCCAUCCUGCAGAUCGCGACGUUCUGCAAGAAGUACGAAACCGAAUCGGAAGACCUACUACCGUUUGUCGGUGACUCGUCGCACCGGUCAGCAAUAGAGCCUGUAGACCCGGGGGACGGAGCGCUCGGUACGAUGGAAGUGUUCAAGCAGGAAGUGUUCGGUACGGCCGAACUGUUCGAAAACUUCUGGAUGCGCUUCAACAAGGCCCGCAUCGAUGUGGCGUGUCUGCGGGAGGAGAAGCAGCAGCUGGCCGAGCGCAACGAGCAGCUAAAGGCGCACCUCAAGGACUACCUGAUCGCGGUGAACGUGAACAGCGGUGGGCCGGUCGAGUCGUACGAGGGUGAUCUGCUAACGCGCCGUCCGGCUUCGAUGACGAUCGAGAAGAUGAUGCAGGGCGACACCGAGGCCGGUGGCCACCAGAAAGCCGUGCGCUUCCGGCCGAACGGCCAACGCCGGCGGCCGGUUACCUGCGUCGAGGCCAACCUGAGCAAUGCGAUCCGCAACGAUCGUCUGCUCAGGGUGCGGGCCAAGUCUUCCGACAUCUACUCAUUGGCGGUCCAGAACCCGAUGGCCUAA